ACAGAUAACAGCAUAACUAGACGUCAACAGUAUUAUUCAUUCGUAUUAUGUGAAAGUGUCAAUAUCCAGGACGCCGAUUAUUCGUGUCAAAAUGCUCGCUCCAAAAUCGGUUUUAAUCACUGGAUGUAACAGGGGGAUUGGUUUGGAGUUCGUGAAACAUUUUCUUCAGCUGGCAAAACCACCGAAAUUUGUGUUUGCCUGUUGCAGAAAUUCUGCUGCGGCUACAGACUUGAAUGAGAUUGCCAAAUCAAAUCCAUCAGUAAAAGUUCUUGAGUUAGAUGUCACUAAACAAGACUCAAUAGAAAAAGCUAAACUCUACGUUGCAUCGAUAGUUGAAGGCGAAGGUUUGAACCUACUAAUCAACAACAGUGGCAUUGCUAGUGAUCAAGAUAUUGAAGAUGUUACAAGGGAAGAAAUGAUGAGAUGUUACGAAGUCAAUGCAAUUGGACCGUUAAUGAUGGCACAGUCAUUUCUACCUCUGUUGAGACUAGCUGCCAGCCAGCAUCAAUCAGAUCCUAUGUCCUGCAACAAGGCUGCAAUUAUCAACAUUUCCACUUCCUUAGCAUCAAUUUCAGAAUAUUCCUCACCCAGAAGAAGAUACCCAUACAGGGCCUCGAAGGCUGCUUUGAAUAUGAUCACCACCAGCCUAUGUCUAGAUUUAAAAGCGGACGGUAUCCUUUGCACAUCUGUCCAUCCAGGCUGGGUAAAGACAGAAAUGGGUGGACCUAAUGCACUCAUCAGCACAGAAGAAAGUUUAAACGGAAUGAUGUCUGUUCUGGAAAAACUUCAAGGGGAAGAGUGUUCUGGAAAGUUUUAUCAUGGUGUCAGAGGAGACUUCAUUGGAUGGUAGAAGAUAUCGUACUGCUCACGAAACUUAAUGAAUUGCAACUGUGCAAUACUUAGUUUUUACCAUUCUAAUGGUCUUCAAAUAAUGUUGACAAAAGUUGUAUAAUAAAGUACAAUUGCUGUUGAAAUUAUACGAAAAAUUAAAUAUGGACUGAUCAAUUGAUUAUCAUUAAAAGCUACACACGGAA